GCCCUCUCCCAUCCUCACAACCACAACCACAUCUCACCUUCAUCCAACACAUCACCGCAAUGGUCCCCAUCCGCCACGUCGUCCUCUUCACCCCCAAGCCGGAGCUCUCGGCCGCCGAGGCCCAAAAUGUCUUUGACGACAUGCUCGCCCUCAAGGACCGCUGCGUCAAGCCUGACACCAAGCAGGCCUACAUCCAGUCCCUCGUCGGCGGCAAGGACAACUCGCCCGAGGGCAUGCAGCAAGGGCUCACGCACAUCUUCAUCGUGGAGUUUGCCAGCGCCGAGGACAGAGACUACUAUGUUAACAUGGACCCGGCGCACAGGGCGUUUGUGGAGAAGCACGCGCCGAGUCUGGCCAAGGCGCAGGUUGUCGACUUUACACCGGGUGUCUUUUGAUUUGAUGAGGCAGAAGCCAACGCUGAAUUGUGAUUCCACUAAAUAUGCCUAUCCAACCUCAUA